GGCGGGCAGAGGCCUUGGUGACGCGAGUCCGAGCUAGAGAGCCGCGGAGCUUCGUGGAUCGUGCGCCCGCUCCCCGUAACGCGGCACCGCCUCCGCAGUGGGGCCGUGGGCGCCGUGCAGGCCGCACACCCCAGCAGACUGAGAAAUGAGAAAACUACCAAGCCAUGGGACCCUGCGGAUGACAAAGGUGGCAUACCCACUCGGGCUGUGUGUGGGCCUGUUCAUCUAUGUCGCCUACAUCAAGUGGCACCGAGCCUCCGCUGCCCAGGCCUUCUUCACCGUCGCGGGUGCAGCCACGGGAGCCCGCUGGGGCCAGCAGACCUUCAGUUCCCCAGGCUCGGCCGCACGUGGCCCUGAGGUCUUCUACGGGAUCAUGUUUGACGCCGGGAGCACCGGCACCCGUGUCCACGUCUUCCAGUUUGCCCGGCCACCUGGAGAAACUCCUACACUGACCCACGAAACCUUCAAAGCCCUGAAGCCCGGUCUUUCUGCUUAUGCUGAUGAUGUUGAGAAGAGCGCUCAGGGGAUCCAGGAGCUGUUGGAUGUUGCUAAGCAACACAUUCCAUUUGACUUCUGGAAGGCCACCCCCCUGGUCCUCAAGGCCACCGCUGGUUUGCGCCUGCUGCCCGGAGAAAAGGCUCAGAAGUUACUACAAAAGGUGAAGGAGGUGUUUAAGGCAUCACCUUUCCUGGUGGGGGACGACUGUGUUUCCAUCAUGAACGGCACAGACGAAGGGGUUUCUGCAUGGAUCACCGUCAACUUCCUGACAGGCAGUUUGAAAACCCCGGGAAGGAGCAGUGUGGGCAUGCUGGAUUUGGGCGGAGGAUCCACUCAGAUCACCUUUCUUCCAAGGGUCGAGGGCACCCUGCAGGCCUCCCCACCCGGCCACUUGACCGCACUCCAGAUGUUUAACAGAACCUACAAGCUCUAUUCCUACAGCUACCUGGGGCUGGGACUGAUGUCGGCACGGCUGGCGAUCUUGGGUGGCGUGGAGGGAAAACCAGCUGAGGAUGGGAAGGAGUUGAUCAGCCCAUGUCUGUCUCCUGGGUUCAGAGGAGAGUGGGAGCAUGCCGAGGUCACGUACAGAAUUUCGGGACAGAAGGCAGCGGGCCUCCAUGAGACGUGCGCCAGCAGAGUGUCAGAAGUCCUUCGGAAUAAAGUGCACAAGACAGAGGAGGUGCAGCACGUGGACUUCUAUGCCUUUUCCUACUACUAUGACCUUGCGGCCAGUGUGGGGCUCAUAGAUGCAGAGAAGGGAGGCAGCCUCAUGGUCGGGGACUUUGAGAUAGCAGCCAAGUAUGUCUGCCGUACCCUGGAGACACGGCCACAGAGCAGCCCUUUCACGUGCAUGGACCUCACCUACAUCAGCCUGCUGCUCCAGGAGUUCGGCUUUCCCAGGGACAAGGUGCUGAGGCUCACUCGGAAAAUUGACAACGUUGAGACUAGCUGGGCUCUGGGGGCCAUUUUUCAUUACAUCGACUCUCUGAAGAGACAGAAGAGUACAGCCUCUUAGUGACCGAGCCUGGUCCUCCACCCAGCCAGCACUCCCAGGCUCCUGUCUCCACAGACCCCUCCAUUCUGGACAUGACUCCAUCCUAGAGGAGCCCCACGCUGGCUGAGAACCCUCCUCUGGGCCUGCAGUGGCACCUCAUGCAGAUUUGCCUGAGACCUGGCCCAUGCACUGGCCCUGUACCCAGGUGGAACCAGGGCAGUAACGGUGCCAGCCUGAAGCUGUCUCACUGCCUUGCCGCUAGAUGGGCAGGGAGCCAUUCAGGGCCCGGGGUACACGCUGAGGUGGGGACAUGGCCCAGUCCCCAUUCCCUCCAUGUGCAGGGUUGUGGCUGCUUUUCUGUGUGUCUCUGUGACGUGAAUCUUGUUUUGUCUCACAGCCCCUGUUGUUUCCUUCCCUGAGGUGGGCCUCCACCUUCCUCUAAGUUCUGGAAGGUUGUACAGGCAUUCUGGCUGCAGUGCAGCCUCCAGGGCAGCAGGUCUCGAGCAUAUCCAUCUCUUCCUCUCCCUUGAGAUGGACAUAUGAAGUCACGUGGAGGCCUGCUCUCCUCGGACGAGAUGGCAUGGGCUCUGAAUAGGAAGAAGGUGGAGAGACUUCUCUUCACAGGCCCAGUGUUCUGGCUUUACAGAGCCUCCAGGCAUGUUCAGGGCUGUGUGCUUAAGCACUGCCAUUCCUGUGAAUGCCUAGUGUUUGUGGGGAGACUGUCUGAGCCCCUUUUCUGGACACCACUGUGUCCCAGUGAAUGUAUUACUACUGUGAGCCACUUUUAGACCAGCAGGCCAGGGCAGAAGACCUGGAACCACACACUCCUGCCUCAUGCUGGCCCUUCCCCACGGCGUCACCCUCCUCCUUACUGAGCUUGGGGCUGUGCGGGAUGCCCAGGUGUGGCCUGGCUCCCCUGUGGUCCCUCAGUGAAUGUAAUCCAUGGAGUAAGCUGAGCGCCUAAGUUCAAUUCCAAAUAAAGGUUGACAAGGGUU